AUGGAGUUCAGACCGAUGCAGGAUGGCGCCUCGCUCCCGCCGCCUCCCGUGCUGAGGCCAGAGGAGUUCGCCAGCCUGCCACACGACGAUCUAGGUCCAACAGUACUGGCGACGACGUGGACCUUUGUGUCGUUAUCACUCUUCUUCCUCGCGUUGAGGCUGUACUGCAAGCUGGGGAGACACAGGGGCAUCAUCGUCUACCAAGUCCGCCUCGGGUACGGCAAGCACAUCUGGGACAUACCCGUGGAGAACUUUAUUUUCAAGAUGCCGCUCCCCAUGAACAUCUCGGGCACGCUGGCCAUCCUCGCCGCGGCGUGGAGCAAGACGUCCUUCGCCGUGACGCUGCUGAGGGUGAGCCAGGGCUGGAUGUGGGCCCUCGUGUGGUGCAUCAUCGUCUCCAUGAACAUCGCCCUCGGCCUGAGCGCGCUGUUCAUCUGGAUCCAGUGCACGCCGAUUGAGAAGUCAUGGAACUUUCUCAUCCCCGGCACGUGCUAUCCCAUGGUGAAGAUUAUCGACUAUCUCAUGAUCUCGACGGGAUACUCUGGUGCCAUGGAUAUCGUGCUCGCUCUUCUACCAUGGAAGCUCGUGUGGCCGCUCAACAUGAGGAAAAAGGAAAAGAUUGGCGUCAUCGUUGCCAUGAGCAUGGGUGUAUUCGCCGGAAUCACGGCCAUGAUCAAAGUGGCCAUGACGCCCAAGAUGAAAGAAGGCGACGUCUAUCACGGCGUGGUCCUCAUCAUCUGGAGCACCGUCGAGUCCGGCAUCACCAUCAUGGCGGCCAGCGUGCCCGUGCUGCGCUCUCUGCUCCGCCAGAAGCAGAGCUCCGCCAAGUCGCCCAACCCCGAGACGCCCGAAUCCAAGGUCAAGUUCGCCGCCGAGAGCUUCACGAUGCAAAGCCAGAGCACCGUCGUCAUCGAGUCGCGCCGCGUCAGCACCAGCGCCGACUCUCGCUUACCGUUUUGGAGGACGUCCGUCCUUGGCGGUGGCGGCAGCGACGAUAAAGCGUACUCCAAGGAUGGGGUUCCGGAGCCCGCGAUGGGACAGAUUUUGCAGGUUAGCGAAGUGGCGGUAGAGUAUCACGAUAUGGCGAGGAAAAGCCAGGUUUAG